UCUCUCUCUCUCUCUCUCUCUCUGUAAGUGGGUAGCAAUGGGGGAAAGGGAUAAGGCAACAUUGGCAAAGGCAAGGAAGGAGCUUGAGGACAUGUAUGAAGGGAUACCAGAUGACUCGGUGAACCUCACUUUCCAAGACUUUGCAGACCUCAGCAUCAGCACAACUGCAGACAAGAGAAAACCCUCUCACACUCUGGAACCCAUUUCCGAACUCAGGUCCCAAAACCCCAUGGCCAAACUUCCCAGCCUCGACUUCAACAGAGCCCUGCAGGCAUCCAAGAACAACCACCGUAUCAACGAAGAGGUAGUUGAUCCUUACAGAGGUAAUCACCAUCACCUUCAACACCAGAAUAAUCACCACCAUCUUGAGGCCAACAGCCACCUCGGCCAUGCAGGCCGGGGUGACCAUCGAUACGGUGGUGGUGGUCAUCACCUAGGCCAUAACUUUAAUCAUCAUAUGAUGAGUGGCCAUGGAGGAGUAGAGAUGAGUAGCAUAAGCAUGGCCAGUACUACUUAUGAUCAUCAUGAUAUGAGCGGCGUUAGCAUUGCUUCCACUGCCAUGCACCAGCAAGAUAGAAAAAGAAGGCCUGGGGUUCCUCACUCCAAUAUCUGCACCAUCUGUAGUACCUACAUCUAUAUUUUCCGCCAUCGCUGCUUGGUUUGUGGAAGAGUGUAUUGCAGGCAAUGCGUGAUGAUGGGGAUGGGAGAAAUGACAGAAGGUAGAAAAUGUAUCCAGUGUCUAGGGAAGCGAUUUAGCCAAAGGUACUUGCAAAGAGCAGGAAAGGUUGGAUGUUGUUCAAGGUACCCAAAAGAGGUGAAGCAAGCAGAGCUGAAGUGGGCCGAGAAAGGGCCAAGAAGGAAUGCUGUAAAUGGGCUGUACGGUCGCAGCACCGUGCGCACACCCAGAUCAAAAAGCCCAGUUACUCCAAGAACUCCUCGAACUCCAAUCAGGGGCCAUGUUCCUCCAAGUCCUGGCCCAAAUUCUUUUGUCACCAGUUCAUCACACUCUCCUUAUUCUCCCAGUCACCACCACCUCCCUUUCUAGAGAGGCCAAAAUUUAUUAUUUAUUUAUUUCAUGGUGUUUAAGAAUUCCUUAAAUAUUCCACCAUUUUCAAAUGGUUUGUUUUCGGAUUUUUGCUCAAUUUCUGUAUAACCUUGUGUGGCU